UGAGUACUUGCAGGAUGCAGGCCAUGCAGGGUCCGGAAUGUGCCAUGUGCUCAUCGUAGAAUGAAGAAAUGGUGCUCAUUCGUAGUGUAAAGCGCAGGGGAUCCUAAAUCAAGUUGUGUACUGCAUUGUGACCUCAUUAACUUGUGACUGCGUAGAAGAUUCACAUGUUGGCUACGAGCAGGACUUUCCUCGGCAAGGCGUUCAAGCCUCGUCUGUAUGUCCGCUGGGCAUCAUAUGAAGGGGACGGAAAGACGACAGUUUCUGUACUCAACAAAGAGAGGAUUGACAUGUUACUCGUGAACUCAUAUUCAACCGCUGGGUUCCGCCUGAACAACGGUCUGUUUAUUCUUGGCCCGGUCGCUCUUUUCCCGAGAAGUGUCCUGCAGUGGCGAGUGAAGUCUUUGUACGACAUUACCGAAGAAUCAUUGUCAUUGUUCACCUUGCUUGAACCGAAGCUUGACGUUUUGGUUAUAGGCCUUGGUGACAGCGGUGAAACGUUAGACAUGAAGGUGGUACAACACCUUAAAAAAAGGAAAAUCGGCGUCGAAAUGCAUUCUACAGCCAUCGCAUGCUCAACGUUCAACUUUCUUAACGUGGAAGACAGAAAUGUUGCUGCCGCGAUGAUACCUCCUCGCCAUAUCGUAUCUGGAGACGAAUUUUACAUGGAUGUAGGAAGAGACCGAAGAGCUCUUUUGGCUGCUGACUAGAAUGUAUAGUUCUACAGUGUCUGUCCCUGUAAGUGAUUAUUAGUUCAGUUUUAAAGGCUUAAUUCGUACCUUGCGAUUCUCAGUAGAAAAAUAAAAGGAAAAUGUAAAAAAGUAUGUUAUUGCUUUCCAUACCUAGGGCUGGUUUGCAUGUUUGGAAUUUCCAUGGCUGUGUAGUAUUCUGUAAGCAAGGCAGUGCGCUCCGUUUGUUUUUGACUCUGAUGUUUACCUUGCAUACUCAUUAGCAACUCGAUUGGUGACACUACAGAUGGCCACAUUUAUUUCUGGCCUUACAUUUGUUGUUGCUGAAAACUAAAGUCUGAUUGGGAUACAAAUACCAGAUUUGCAUGGAAGGUAAUUCUACAUAUUCUGCAAUUUGACUUCAUGCAUGCAGUACAAGUAUUCCGUUCAAACUAAAGCCUCAAUACAUUCUCUUAUGUUCAAGCCCCGCAGGUGUGUGAACCAGCCAGAGGUGAGGCAUCCUGGAACUGAAUCAAAGGAAAAGGGCAACCAGUUUUGUUUAACAAACUGACACAUUCUAUUGCGAAUGAACAUAAAAACUUGCCUCGGUGGUUCAGUGGUUAUAGUGUUCUGCUGCCAAGUGAAAUGUAAAAGGUAUGAUUGCAUAACCCAAGUAAUGCUUUCAGACGUUGAAUACCAUCAAUGAAUGUAGUGGGGUGAUCAUGUCACCAUCAGUAGCAGAAGUACAAGUCCAUUUUAUUACUUUCCAUUGAAACUAAAAUUCAUGAGCAGUUUUAACCUAUUGGAGCCUUUUAACUUAAUCGGAUCUGUAAAUUUAUGUAGUAAGCAAAAAAAAAAAUUUAAUCAAGUUAUAAUAACAAACCGUACUAUUUGGAAAGACGCCAACCUUGCUUUAGCAUACAUAUGAGGUGUGUUCAAAAAGAAACCGAACUUUUGCUAUAACAACUUUAUUGCUUAUUGUACAACAUCUUAAGCACUGUCUCCCUCAAAGUAAGCCCCUCUACUGGCAAUACACUGUUCCCAACCUCUUCCAUUUUUGGAAACCCUCCUGGAACACACUUUCUAAGAUGGUGCGCAGGUCUCUUGUUGCAUUGUCCUGAAUCUUCUCUAUGGUUCGGAAACUAUGUCCACGUGGUUUUAAGGGAAACAGGAAAAAGUCUCUUAGGGCUAGGUCCGGAGAAUACGAUAGAUGGGGCAUGACGAGAGUGCGAUGUUUUGUGAGAUAGCUGUGGCCAAGGAGUGACGCAUGAGCCGGUGCAUUGUCGUGAUGCAACAUCCAGUUCUGGUUUUUCCACUGUUCAGGCCUCUUACUGCGCACAACAUCCCUCAACCACACUAGAAUUCCCUGGAAGACUUCCUUGUUUACCAGCUGACUAUGUGGUACAAAUUCCUGAUGAACAAUGCCUUUGCAGUAAAAAAAACACAGCCAACGUCACCUUGAUCUUUGACUGACUCAUGCGUGCUUUUUUUUGGGAUGAGGAAACCCUUUGCCCACCCACUGCGACGACUGCACCUUCGUUUCAACACCAUAGCCAUAAACCCAGGUGUCGUCACCUGUUAUGAUGUUCUUAAGGAAGUUUUCAUUGUCAUCGGCAGUGGCAAGUAGUACCUGGCUGAUUUCAACACGGGUCUGUUCCUGAUUGUCAGUCAAUAAACGCACGAAUUUGCACUGACAUGACGCAUCUCAAGUCUGUCACUCAAAAUUUGAUGGCAUGAGCCUAUGCUGAUACCCACUUGUCAGCAACUUCUCGAAUAGUUAAAUGACAAUUCCCAUGAACACAGCACGAACUCUCUCGAUAUGGUCGUCAUCGUUGAUGUGGAAGGUCGUCCAGGCAUGGAAUCGUCACCGCCCGUCAUUCUGCUAUGUUCAAAACGCUAAAACCAUUCGUAGCACUGCGUGCGACUCACACAGUCCUCCCCGUAUGCUUGGCUAAGCAAUUGAAAUGUCUCUGUGAAAGUUGUGCCAAGUUCAUAGCAAAAUUUUACACAGACACGUUCUUCAAGCUCUUUCAUUGUCACUUUGGUGCUAAUCCGACAGACAGCUCGUGCUCACUUCAGCGGCUGUAGCUCGUCAACUGACAGUCGGAGCGAAAUGCAGCAAAUGGCAGUUUGUUGUGCAAACCUGCUGCUACGUGGGCUCAGUGGCCGCAGCUCGCUCCCUCAGCCGGUUGACGCGCUAUUUCAAAAGUUGGUUUCUUUUUCAACACACCUUGUGCAUGAAGCAUAUCAAGCUCACUCAGAUGAAAUCGUGUCCAGAUGUAGUUAGGCUAUCCACUUGACCACUUAUCCCAUUGACUUGAAGUACAGCAUAUGAUUGACUUUUGCCCCAAGUCCUGAGAGAUGAGCACACAGGUGCUCUGUUAUUCGAAACACUCAUUAUGUGGUUCCCUUCCUUGCUGUUGAACAAGUAAAGUAGGGACAUCAGGACCGAUGCUUACCUGAUUUUGCUCAUGUCACCUCAACCGAUUAAUUGUGAUCAAAGAAAUUAAUUCUGCUUAAUGCAUUAAUUGAUUAAGCUGAAGUUUGAUCAAUUUCCCAGCACUUAGUUAGCAUAUGUUUCACAGUCAUAAUGGUGUAGUGGUUUUUGGUUAUUAUGAAGAGAACGGUUAGUCCCACUAACUGUCUAACCUCAGUAAGAGGAAGCGAUCUGCAAGCUGGGAUUUAAACUGAGCUUCACACUAUCCUGAUUCACACGAUUAACACAGCCACAGUUGUAUACAACGUGUGUGCACUUUAACUGUGGGUCGUUGUAGCAUUUAUCAAUAUCUACAGGUGAACCAUGAUGCAGGGGUAGAUGACUGGAAAAGAUGGAAAUGACAUCUGUCCAUUGCAAACUUGAAGGUUCACAUGGCUGUAAAGACUGUUAUUGAGAGCUGUGAAUCAGCACUAUAUGCUCAACUUACUGCUGUGAAAUGAAAUAA